CGCCCUCUCCGCUGACCAAAAACAUUUGAGUCCAGACGUUUAGCGCUCCGGAGAGACCUUUUAUUUUAUUAUAUUCAUCGUUAUUUAUUAAUUAGCCCAUAGAGGUUUUUCGAAUAUGGUCUGUGGCGGCUUCACCUGUUCUAAAAAUGCGCUUUGUUCCCUGAAUGUGGUGUACAUGCUGGUGGGGCUGCUGCUGAUCGGGGUGGCAGCAUGGGGGAAGGGGUUCGGCUUGGUGUCGAGCAUCCACAUCAUAGGAGGGGUCAUCGCAGUGGGCGUGUUCCUGCUGCUCAUCGCUAUCGUUGGAUUCAUCGGAGCGAUACACCACCACCAAGUCCUGCUCUUCUUUUACAUGGUGAUUCUUUUCAUCGUUUUCCUGUUCCAACUUGGAGUUUCCUGUUCCUGCUUGGCAAUGAACCGUGGGCAGCAGGAGACACUUCUGAAUUCCACUUGGGGAAUGUUGGAAAACAAGACGAAGACGGACCUGGAGAGCCAACUGAACUGCUGCGGGCUGCUCAACUCCACCUCCACCAUCAUUCAGUUUGAACAGGACCUGCUGCACUGCCCCGCUGAUUGCAAAAUUAACACUAGCUGUUUCACCUGCGGGGAUAAAAUGCUGAAUCAUGCAACCGAGGCUCUGAAGAUCCUCGGGGGUGUCGGACUCUUCUUCAGCUUCACAGAGGUGAGUGCCCGUUCUACAAACCUACAUCUGCUCAUAUAGGUAAGGGAUAACGUG